GCAGUCGGGCGGCGCGGGCUCCAGUAGGAUGCGCAACAGAAAAGCCCCCUCAGAACUCUCUCGCGGCACCUCGUCAGACAACGAGGACGAUGAGCACAACAACGAUGCUCAGAACCCUCGUAACCGCAGCUAUGCGGAGAAGGUCCUUGAGUCCGAACAGGCCAACGUCGCGAUGGUCGCAGUGCUGACAACGGUCGCGUUCGCGCUCCGUUUCUUCAAAAUCAACCAUCCCGACCAAGUGGUGUUCGACGAGGUACAUUUCGGAAAGUUCGCGUCCUACUACAUCCAGCGACAAUACUACUUCGACGUGCACCCUCCUCUCGCGAAACUCCUCUUUGGUCUUGCUGGCUGGUUCGUGGGCUAUGACGGCUCCUUCGGUUUCGAGAACAUCGGAGACAGCUACACUGAGGCUCAUGUUCCCUACGUCGGUCUACGCGCUCUCCCUGCAAUCCUUGGCAGUCUCACUGUUCCCAUCGUCUACGGCAUCAUGAAAGAGUGCGGGUUCUCGACCAUUGUUGCAACUUUCUCUGCCUGUAUUGUCCUCUUCGAUAACGCGCAUAUUGCCCAGGACCGCCUCAUCCUUUUGGACGCGACACUGAUCUUCUUCAUGACUAUGACCAUGUACUGCUAUAUUCGCUUCAAGAAGCUCCGUUACCGCGACUUCUCGUUCGAUUGGUGGAUGUGGCUUCUUGCUUGCGGCACCUUCAUGGCCUUCACGUGGGCUUCCAAAGUGAACGGUAUCCUGACCGUGUUUGCUAUCGGCCUUGCAGUCAUUAUCGACCUGUGGGAUAUCCUCGACAUCAAGAAGGGUCACAGUUUGGAGUACUUCUGGAAACAGUUUGCUGCACGGGCUAUCGCCUUCAUUGUGCUUCCGCUGUUCCUCUACCUUUCCAUCUUCUGGAUCCAUCUCGCCCUUCUCACGAACUCCGGUCCCGGCGACACCUUCAUGAGCCCCGCGUUCCAAGAGACGCUGCGCGGCAACGAGCUCCUGCUUAACAGCCACGAGAUCCGCUACUACGACACCGUUACGAUCAGGCACAAGGAUACCCGCGUGUUCCUCCAUUCGCACCCUGACAAGUACCCUCUCAAGUACGACGAUGGUCGUGUCAGUAGCCAGGGUCAGCAGGUCACCGGUUACGGUCAUGACGAUACCAACAACAACUGGCAAAUUAUUCCGACCAAGGCUCUCCCCGAGACCGGUCGUGGACGUGUCGUUCGGGACGACGACGUGUUCCAGCUCCUCCACAUCAACACGCAGACACUCCUGCUCACGCACGAUGUCGCGUCGCCUCUCAUGCCGACGAACGAAGAAUUCACAACGUGGCCCCAAGACGACCUCUCGCGUUACAAUGACACGCUCUUCCAGCUGCGUCUUGUAGACGGAGAGGAGGGUGAAGCCUGGAAGUCCAAGUCCGGACACUUCCGCUUGAUCCACGUUCCGACGAAGGUUGCGAUGUGGACGCACCCCAAGCAGCUCCCUGACUGGGCGUACAAGCAGCAGGAGAUCAACGGGAACAAGAACAUCAACGACAAGACCGCCAUUUGGUUUGUCGACUCGAUCGUCGCCGAUGAGACCGGAGACGACAUCAAGGACCGUGUGGGCGACGCUCCUCCCAAGGAGCCCAAAUCCCUGAACUUCUUCAAGAAGUUCAUCGAGCUGCAAAUCCUCAUGUUGCAGCACAACGCUGGUCUUACCGCGUCGCACCCUUACGCCAGCGGCCCCAUCAACUGGCCUUUCCUUAUUAGCGGUAUCAGCUUCUGGACGCAGACCGAGGGUCAGAAGCAAAUCUACUUCAUUGGUAACAUCGUCGGCUGGUGGGCGUGUGUCAUCGGUAUCUCGCUCUACACGGGAAUCAUGCUCGCGGACUUGAUCGCGCGCCGUCGUGACAUCGAGCCUUUAACGGAACCCGUCCGCCAUCGUCUCCUGAACUCGACCGGCUUCUUCCUCCUCUUCUGGGGCGUGCACUACUUCCCAUUCUUCCUGAUGAGCCGCCAGCUAUUCGUUCACCACUACUUGCCAUCCCAUGUCGCGUCCGCGCUCGUUGCAGGCUCCGUGCUCUCGUUCGCACUGUCGGAGUCUGUCAACUACCCCGUAUCAGUAUGGGGACCGCGCCUUCGUACGCCGAAAGUGGCUACGUAUGCGGACCUCGGCUCGCGGGGCCCGAUCGCUGUUGGCGCGUUCGCGCUUGUCCUAUUCAUCUCGUUUGUGUACAUCGCGCCGCUCACGUACGGUACUCCCGGACUGGAUGGACACUCCGUCAACGCGCGCAGACUCCUCUCGAGCUGGACGCUGCACUUCGCAGCGAAGGCGACGGACGGCGCAUAGGUACGCCGGGGGCUGCAGAAGCCUAUGCGAUGUGGGCUUGGCUGUGGGUACGUGCUCCCACUCGGGUGCGGAGUCGGCGCUGGCAGCUGUUGACGAACGAAACUAGUAGCUUCUUCGACUCUAUAUAUUCUGGAACUCAGCUCUGUGUAACUGAUAAUGGAUUGGCAUCGCAACG